CGCAAGGAAAAAAAGCCGCGUUUUGUGGUAUCCGGGUAGACCAGGGCCCCUGCUCAGACCAGGGCCCCUGGGACCAGGGCCCCCAGGACCAGGGCCCCUAGGACCAGGGCCCCUAGGACCAGGGCCCCUAGGACCAGGGCCCCUACGGAUUGGGGCCCCUGCGGACUGAACGGCAUCCCGGAAUCUGGUACACGGCGCGGCGCGGCCGGAAGCGGAGAUGUCUACCAGCGGAUCUUCCAGUCGAAAUAAUCUGGGCCACCAAGUAAGUAUGCAUGUCAUGGGACUCCUAGUAUCUGGCCAGGAGGUAGAAGAAGGUAGGCCACAAGUAAUAUGGGACGCAGUCGGCUGACUACCCAGAGCAUUUCUCUCACUUUCUAGAUUCCUCGACGCGCGUCGGCGUCACAAGUUCUCAGUUGUGCAGACCCAGAUCUAUUUACAAUGCAACGGGCAUCGUUUUUUUUUGUAGUCAGCCACGUACUUGAGCUUCUCCGUCUGUCUUUUUUGGGUGGUGUCGUUGAGGAAUCUUGUGCAUUUUUUUCCCUUGAUGAUGCUUGUCUGAACGAUUAUUCUGUAAAUCUCCGCCGCAGCUUCGAUGUAGUAUGGCAAUUUCAUUCUCGGUAUUUUUUCAUAGCGGCGCCAUCGGUGCGUAUGUGGGGUACGGAAAUGCGCAUUUUUUCGCGGCACCGACGACGGGCGGCGGGUUGGUGCGCAGUUGUACUGUCGCGCGAUAGAUAUCAAGGGGAACUGCUUCGCAUAUUUUUCCGCCUGGAAAUCCAGCUGGAAACAUUCGGGAAGGAGAUGCAGCCGAAGAGGAAGAUGCCCUUUCAAUGCAUUUCCCGCUGGAAAUCCAGCUCGAAACAUUUGGAAAAGGCAUCUGCGCUGCAUUUCCGCCUGGAAAUGCAGCUGAAGGCGCCUUUUCAAUGCAUUUCUUGCUGGAAAUCCAGCUGGAAUUAUUUGGAAAAGACAUCCGCAGCGGAUUUCCACCUGGGAAUGCAGCUGCAGACGCCUUGUCAGUGCAUUUCUAGACGGAAAUCCAGCUGGUGGAAACAUUUGGAAAAGGCAUCUGCAGCGCGUUCCCACCUGGAAUCGCAGCUGCAGACGUCUUCUCAGUGCGUUUCUAGCGGGAAAUCCAGCUGGUGAAAACAUUUGGAAAAGGCAGUUGCAGCGCGUUUCCACCUGGAAACGCAACUGCAGAUGCCUUUUCAACGCAUUUCUAGCUGGAAAUCCAGCUAGAAAUGCACUCGGUAACCAAAUCAAAGCAAGCUUGCUCGUGACAUCACACCAGGGAGAUCUUGAUCUCUUCCCCCGUCCGCACCUGCGCAUCCUGGGCAAAAACAUGUGGGGAUGUUUUUGCCCAGGUUCUGCUGCUACACAUCAUGUAUCUAAUUAUUAGGUUCUGGCUUUUAUAGGAAUAUCAAUAUGCGAAGCCUUUCCAUGUCAUACCACGCAGAUCAACACUUAUGCUUUGCCUGUGCCUGUACACGUGCCCUGCGCGCCAAGUAACGACAAGCAGCAUGAAGAGCCCAACAACUUUCCGCCGAGUCAUGAAGCCAAAAAUAAAGAAGCACAGUGAGACGCCACGACCGACGGGCGCCGUUUGUAUUCGAAAUGUGUGUUUCCCUGCAAAAGCAUUGCUCGAGCGGACCGGGAUGCAGCUCAAACUGCUAACGAGAGAGAUCACAAAUUGCCACCAUGACCGCCAAGCUUUCCUUCGUUUGUACGUAGAGCGACGCCCCAACUUCUCCAGAUCCAGACACCAGAUUCCGGGAUGCCAGAUUCCGAGACA